GGCGUGUUUACAGCGAUGACGUAGAAUCUGUGCGACACAUUCUGUAAAAACACAGCUCCGCAUUAGUGGGCGAAACUUUCGACUUUUUACAACACUCGUCAAGGCAGAAAUCGUGUAAUUCGCCAGUUUGACAUCAAACGUGAAAGACAGGAGAAGAUGUCGGCAUCUGCCCUGCGUUUGAUCCGCUGUAGGAGACUAAGUACAGUAGUGGUGCCCGGCCUCAACAAGGUGCUACGGUGGAAGGAUUUAAGGAAGGUUGCCAAGGUAACGGGUGCCGUUGUGUUGGGAGGCUGCCUUUUUAUCACAUACGAGGUGGCGGCCUUGGACAAAGCUGUGACCAUUGACACGAGUGCGAUUCUUCAGGAGAAGUACAAGUCGUACAUUUAUCUACGAACCAGUCCCUCUGAUGAAAGGGACAACCUCGCUGCAGGGCUCACCCACAAGACAAGGAGGGAACUUCAUAAAGCGGCCAGACGGUUUCUAGAAAUAUCCUCACGCCUUCUGCUGCAGUCGUUAGAUGAACGGCUCAGUCAUGUGGAUGCGGACCCACAUGAGGUGGCCCUAUGGGUCUUGCUAAAAAGGACACAAUCCGACAGUCGAGCUGUCAGAUUACAAGCUGUGCAGGAACUUGCACAGAAUCACCACUGGCACGACUACCAGUAUCAGACCGCGGCCCAGGUUAUAGACCAGAGAACCGCAGUGGGCCUCGCUCGGACUCCACGGGUGGACCUGCGAUUCUUCCUGCCUCCCCCUGCACUUCCUGACCUCGAUGAUGGCUUCUCAGCAGAGGACGGUCUGAGGCAACUGCUCGCCUCUCUGCCGCAGUCCGAGGUGGACCAGUGUGUUCAGUAUUUUACGUCGCUGGCCCUCAGAGAAAGCACUCAGUCGUUGGCAGCACAGCGGGGCGGCCUGUGGUGUUUUGGUGGCAACGGGUUGCCCUACGCUCAGAGUCUGACUUCUGUCCCAUCUGAGAAGGUGGAGUCCUUCUGCCUACAGGCCCUAGUCCAGCACUCCAAGGUUCAAAGCCACUGUGACCACAUAGUGUCCAACGGGGGUCUCAUGCUUCUUCAGAGAGUUUACCAGCUAAGGAGUGACUCCCAGAAGAUUCAGAGGAACAUUGUGCGAAUCAUCGGGAACCUGGCGCUCAAUGACAGCGCUCACAAGGCCAUCGUUCAGUCUGGGUGGGUGUCAGUCCUGGCCGAGGUGAUGCAGUCUCCUCACGUCAUGCAGGCGUCCCAUGCAGCUCGCGCUCUCGCCAACCUGGACAGGGAGACGGUGAAAGAGAAGUAUCAAGACGGGGUCUACGUCCUCCACCCGCAAACACGUGGCAACCAGCCAAUUAAAGCAGACGUGCUGUUCAUCCACGGUAUCCUGGGGGCCGCCUUUAAGACAUGGCGCCAGAGGGACAGAAAUGCGUUAGACGAAGGGAACAAUAUAGACUACGGGGAUGAUUACACCGAGUGCUGGCCAAAGUCAUGGUUAGCUGCAGAUUGUCCUAAUUUGAGGGUGUUAUCUGUGGAAUACGAUAGCCACCUCAGUGACUGGAUGGCGAAGUGUCCCGCCGAGAAUCAAAGAAAGUCCUUGGCCAGCAGGAGUCGAGAGCUGCUCAACAAGCUGAAGAUGGCAGGGGUUGGCGACAGGCCGGUGGUCUGGGUAGCUCACAGUAUGGGAGGCUUGCUGGUGAAAAGAAUGCUGAUUGAUGCCUCUGAGGACCCAGAUAUGCAGGAGCUGCUAAAAAACACCAAAGGCAUUUUGUUCUACAGCGUCCCUCAUCACGGAACCUUUAUGGCGGAAUACUCUGUCAAUGUCCGAUAUCUCCUCUUCCCCUCCAUCGAAGUCAGAGAGCUUUGCAAAGACUCACCAGCACUGCGUGACCUUAACGAGAACUUCUUGAACGUGGCCAAAGAGGGAGAAAUCAAGGUGCUUAGCUUUGCAGAGACGCUGCCAACAAACAUCGGCCCGAUGAUCAAGAUACUGGUGGUGCCAGCACAGUCGGCAAACAUCGGCAUCGGGGACCUGAUCGAAGUGGACGUGGAUCAUCUGAGCAUCUGCAAGCCAGAGAAGAAGGAGUCAUUCCUGUACAAGCGCAGCCUUCAGUUCAUCCUGGAAACACUGAAGAACUCCAUUGGCCAUUGACCACUACUGUUAACAUACAACAUACUUGAACCAGAAAUAAUGACAAUUAACAUGGCUAACCAGCGAAGAGUUGCUAGUUGCGAUAGUAGAAAACUGAAAGCUUAUCUCUCACUAAUUUAUCAUUUGAAAGUUGGUCAUGAUUACACAUUCAGAUUUAUUUUUUUCCAUCUAAAUUCGACCCACAAGCUUAUUUAAUACAAAAGUAUUUUUUAAACACUGACGUACCUCUCAGUAUUUCAAAUCAAAGUUACAGGUUUGGAUUUUAUUUGUGUAUUUAUGCUUUUUAUUGUUUCCUAACAUAGUUUCAUGUCUGACUAGUGAAUGGAAUUCAAUCUUUUGUCUUUUUGUGGUCAAACAUUUCACAAGAUGACAAUAAAAAGUGUUGGG